AUGUCUUCCUCUGAAGAUGAGCAUUCCAGCGAGGCGCAUGGUGCGCCUCGCAGGGUCCCAAAAGGCCCUCCCCAGUUCUAUCUGCCAUUGAAAGCUGCCCUCUACAUCUUUGCUAUCUCCAAUUUUCUAUCGGCUGCCUAUGCGCCAAUUCAGGACUGUGACGAAAUCUUCAAUUACUGGGAGCCAACCCACUACGUCGAUCAUGGCUAUGGGUUACAGACGUGGGAAUACUCUCCAGAAUACUCCAUCAGAAGCUGGCUCUACAUCACAUUACACGCCGCAGUUGGCAAGACGAGCGCUAUUUGGAGUCCUCGAAAAGUAAUACAUUUUUAUGCCAUUCGGGGUUCUCUCGCAUUCUUUUGCGCCGCAUGCGAGACCCGUCUCUAUUCGGCGAUAUGUCGAAGACUCAACGCUGCUAUUGGCCUUCUUUUCGCGAUGAUCGUUGCGUUCAGCCCUGGAUUUUUCCAUGCUUCGACAUCAUUUCUGCCAUCUAGUUUCGCCAUGUACACUUCGAUGCUCGGUCUCGCGGCUUUCCUCAACCGAGGCAAGAACAAGAUUGCCGAAGGUAUUAUGUGGUUUGGUGUGGGCGCUAUUGUCGGCUGGCCUUUCUCUGGUGCAUUGCUUCUGCCGCUUAUUGGCAGUGAGCUUCUCUCAGCAAUCUCCACCGGCGAUGUUCAAGAUGCUGUUUGGGGGGUGAUCAAUGGGGCUCUCAGAUGCUUUGCCAUUCUGGGACUUGAAAUCGGCGUGGAUUCCCUUUUCUUCCAGAAACCUGCAAUCGUACCUUGGAAUAUUGUCUCGUACAAUGUGUUUGGUGGCGAGGGAAGAGGCCCCAACAUCUUUGGCACCGAGCCUUGGACAUUCUACAUUCGGAACUUGCUGUUGAACUUUAAUGUCUGGGUCAUUCUGGCCAUUUCCGUUGCGCCUUUGCUCAUUUUACGAGCCUUGUUCGGGUCUCGGGCAUCGAGCUCGAAUCAAACAAUUCUACGGCUAUUAGCCUACAGUUCGCCAUUCUACCUCUGGCUUGCCAUAUUCACUGUUCAACCUCACAAGGAAGAGCGAUUCAUGUAUCCUGCGUAUCCGUUUUUGGCACUGAAUGCGGCUCUUGCUCUCCACCUGAUUCUCGAAUAUGUUGGCACCAACAAGCCCGGCACGUUGAUGGGACUGAUCCCCGGAAAACUUAAAUUGGCUGCUGUCACAGCAUUCAUUCUUGUAUCCAUCAAUGCGGGGCUUCUGAGAUCUGUCGGUAUGGCAACUGCUUACAAUGCGCCACUAGGUGUGUACGGUGCACUUGAAAAGCCUGGUAUCGCGAAGGAAGGCGAUUCCCUUUGCCUAGGAAAGGAGUGGUACCGUUUCCCAUCUUCCUUUUUCCUCCCAGACUCGAUGCAAGCGAAAUUCAUCCGCAGUGAAUUUUCCGGGCUAUUGCCAGGUGAAUUUCCCAAUGGCAGCACUAUCAAAGCCUUGCUCUCUGGUGCAGCUGCAAUUCCAUCCGGGAUGAAUGAUCGCAAUGAAGAAGAUCCAUCAAAAUACGUUGACAUCUCACAGUGCUCCUUUCUCGUGGACUCUUCCUUCCCUAGCGCUCCACCCACCGAGUUAGAGCCUGACUACGUUCACGACACUGAUAAUUGGGAACAGAUAACCUGUAAGAAGUUCCUAGACGCCUCAAACACGUCGAUUCUGGGCCGGGUAGCCUGGAUUCCCGACCUGCCGUUUAUCCCUACGCCUUAUCGGCGGCAAUGGGGAGAGUACUGCUUGCUGCGACGAAGGCAAGAUUCAUAG